AUGGAUACCACAAGAUGUUGUGAGGUUGGAUUGAUAUCAAAUGUUGGUCAUAUGGUUCUAAUGCUCAGUUAUUCUCAUUGGCAGAUUGACCCACGCCACCGUUACGGACAUAAUCUCCAUUUCUAUUACGAUAGCUGGCUCCAUUGCGAGAGUAGGCAACCGUUCUUCUACUGGUUGGAUGUGGGAGAGGGGAAGGAGGUCAAUCUGGUGGAUCAAUGCCCACGAUCAAAGCUUCAACAACAGUGCAUCAAAUAUCUUGGCCCGAAAGAAAGGGAGAUUUAUGAAGUUGAAGUGGAGGAUGGGAAAUUCUUCUACAAGCAGAGUGGGAAGCUCCUCGAUACAUCUGAAGGACCAAAAAAUUCUAAGUGGAUCUUUGUUCUAAGCACAUCCAAGAGCUUAUAUGUUGGGCAGAAGAAAAAAGGCACAUUUCAGCAUUCAAGUUUUUUGGCGGGAGGUGCUACGUCUGCUGCUGGCAGAUUAGUCAUAGAAAAUGGCAUCCUAAAGGCUGUCUGGCCACACAGCGGGCAUUAUCGACCAACUGAAGAAAAUUUUCAGGAAUUGGUGACCUUUCUCAAGGAACACGAUGUGGAUCUCACUGAUGUCAAGAAUAGCCCAACAGACGAAGACGAUGAAUCUUGGAGCAAGCAUGGGAGCCACAUUGAGACCACGGGGUUUGGAAGUGCCGAACAAGGGUACAAAGCAACGAUCACAUAGGAAGUUCACAGCCAUUGGGCAGUAUGGUGCUUUUUCAAGAGACCAGGAUGGUCAAGUCUUCGGCAGAAAGUUAAAUGGGUUUGCUGCUAUGGGAGAUGAGAAGGCUUUAGUUGCUGUCCAGAGCCAUGAAUCUUUGGAAGUUUCCCCUCGCCUUCAAUUGUCUUCAAGA